AUGUGUUCAACACUCGUUCGAACGACUCUACGAACCAUGAGCAAAGCAACCGAGCUCAGUAUGCUUGAGUUUGAUGAGUCUGCGCCGUUCAUACCCAGCCAUAGUCAUGACACAUCCGCAGAUGAUCUGAGGAUAGUCGUUGGCGGCGUGGAUAGUACCCGCCAGGAACGCGAAGCUCGAACAUACCGCUUUCUCUCGCUUGCCUUGCUAUUGAUCUCGAUACCAAUGAUAGCAAGCUGCUUCCGAGAUGCCACUGAUCACCAAUGCACCCGCCAAAUGUCCACUUGGUCGCCCAUGCUUGACGCUGUCGAGUAUAGAUGGCGUCGCUUCCUGCCAAGUGACGGCGAUCUUCUUGGUGGACAACCCACGCAAGAUUCGGAGAUGAGAUGGGACGGACUGUGGGAAUACGACGAUUGGAAGCAUCACGCCGCCGAGCUUGGUGGCGGUAUCGUGGGGUUCAUUGAAGGAUUCCAUCAAAUACACUGCGUCGUAAGCAUUGUCUCUUCUUGA